AUGGCUCCUAAUAAGAGGGCAGGAAAACAAAAACGUGCUCACUUUGCCGAUAAAAAGGAUGAAGCUCCUCCUUCACCUUUCAAGAGGCCCCCUGAGGCCCUGGAGCCAUUCAUUCAAUCUCUAGAUGAGAAGCACGUCUAUGUCACACACAUUGACAACAAACCUGCCGCUUUUAAGCGCAAGAUCUUCCUUGUACCCGUCGGCAUGAACGUUGUAGUCAUUCUUCUCUUCAUUCUACGCAUGUGGUGGAUUGUUCCCUGGUACUGGCAGCUGAUUAUGACCGGUCUUGGGCAUGAAAACGAGACAACUUGGAACACUGCAGACUCGACAUGGGCUGAGAUUUCCUUGGAGAUUGCAAAGCGUGCUGGAACUAUGUCUAUCGACUUUAUCCUCUUCAUCUUUGUUUGGCCUUGGCCUGUGGAGUUCGUCGCUGGACAAGCACGCGGUAACCCUUGCCAAUGGCGAUGGCAGGUUGGCUUUCGUGAAGAGGAGGUCUACGUGCGCCGAAGCCGAGAAUGGGACGAGGCUCUCACCGAUAUCUUGGAGGAUGAUGAUUCAAAGAAGAUCUUGCUGUCCUACAUUGACAACGCCACUUCCCCUAUUCUACAGGAGCAAAAGACCGGAUAUCUCCUGAUGAAUGCCUACUGGGAUCUUGACUGGGCGCGCAUGGUACUUGCACACCGUUUAGUCGACAAGAAGGAGCUCGCGCUCGAUGCUUUCAAGGGCCUCGUUCUCGUUCAUCACGCUGCCUAUGGCUGGAUGUCCUACGAUGUCCGUGUCAACGGUACUUCGAGUGAAGAUGAGCGAAGACGCCAAGUCUUUGCUUUCAGGGACGCACUCAUCAAACUCGGAAAAGAAAACUUAUUUUAUCGUUGGGUUGAGAUUGUGCAAUAUGAAGCGACACAGCCUGGAGGAUUUGGCCCCAAGGAACAAGAGGUUGCAGCCAAGAGAAUCCGAGAGUUGUUCGAGAAUGAGAACAUUAACUUCGACGAUCUUUGGAAAGAGAGUGUUGGGUCAUUGCCACAAUAG